CCCGCGCGCAGGGCGCGGAGCCGCGGCCGCCGCAGCCGCGCUGGGUCGGGCCGGUGCGGGCCGGGACGGCUCCGUCAUGGUGGGUCGGCUCAGCCUGCGGGAGGUGCCCGACCUCCCGGACAUGAGGAAACGGGGCGACACGGGGCUCGACAGCCCCGACUCCGGGCUGCCCCCCAGUCCCGGGCCCACUCCCCCGCCUUGGCUACUCUCUUCGGGCAGCCCCGACCGCGCCGCCGCCAACGGGCUGCCGGAGUCCGACCCGCCUUCCGCCGCGAAUUCAGUGUUCUCUCCCAGCCCUGUUCUCCCCAGCUGUCCUCCAAGAUUGUGUCCUUUAUCCUUUGGCGAAGGAGUUGAGUUUGACCCUUUACCACCAAAGGAAAUAAGGUACACAUCCUCAGUUAAAUACGACUCAGAGAAGCACUUCAUUGAUGACGUCUACAUGCCAGUGGGCUUGAGCGUGUCAUCCUGCAGUCAGACAAUCAUCUGUGUCCCCAACUGCACGUGGCGCAACUACAAGACCGAGGUCCACCUGCAGCCCCGCAACAAGCCCCGACGUUUCACCAGCACCACCAUUGUCUACCCAAAGCAUGCCAAGACUGUGUACACCACCACGCUGGAUUACAACUGUCGGAAGACCGUGCGGAGGUUCCUCUCCAGCGUAGAGCUGGAAACUUCAGAGUGCCUUGGGAAUGACUGUGUCCUGGAUGGUUGCUGAGUGGCUGUCUCUCUUGCUCUGGUCCAUCCCAGUCCCACCUAACGUACUGUGCUAACUCCACUAGCUAAAGUGGGUACAGACCCUCUUUCUCAGCUCUUAAUUCCUGCUUUAAGCAUCAGAAUGGCCUGAACGCAGUUUUUCUGUGGGAACAUAACUUAGUAAGGAACUUGUUUCUUCGCCUUUAAAGUCGUGAGUUCCCUCCCCUUCCCUGCAGUGCAGUAAUCGGGUGAAAAUGAGGGGAAGUAUUUUCCCUGUGAAAAAAAUUGACAGGUAAGACAGAAUGUGGAAUAGUGCCUGGCAAGUGAAAAUCUGUUUGAUGCUUUGUGGUGAUGUGCAAAAAUAAGGGCAGUUCACUGUCUUGCAGAGAAUCGGGCAGGUCAUUACAGAGAGCCAGAGCUGUCAUUCAUUUCAGUUUAGAGCAUAAGACAGUUUUAUCUAGAACAGCCAUCUCCUGGAAACUGCUGGAAAAAGCUAGUAGAGAAAAAUCUGGGAUUCUGCAUUUAACAGCUACAGAAACGUCAUCCUAUUAAUGUCCAGUUUGAAGGUGUGAGUUGGAAAGAAGAGGAAUUCUGAGUAGAAUUAGGAGAUAAAAUGUUUGUGCAGCUCCAGGUGGCAGAGAAAGGAUCGGGUAAUUCAAGUUCUUUAGAUGAAUGGCACAAUGUAUCUCCUGUACUUAGAAUGACUUCUACUGCACUGUAGUCUAAGAUGCCAGCAUUUGUGUACUACAAGUAGUAGGACUUGCAAUGAAGAAUAUCAGGCCAAAAAUUAUCCCUGUAUUGUUGGAAAGUCAGGCCUUGACAGUGUGGUGGUGGAAAAACACCAGUGCCUCGUUUUUACUGAUGUUCUGUCUGCACUAAGGGAGUUGUGACUAGGAAAGUUUCAGAAAAUGUUUCAUGGAUACAGGGACCUAGAGUGGAGAAGGAGACACAGGGAUUGGGUGUGAGACGCUGUUGUGUUGGAGCUUGUGAAGAGGUAGAUGGUAGCAAGGGACAGGCAAAUUUUAAUUGCAUAGCAAAAUCCACAGUUGUAUCUCUGCUUCUCCAUUGAGCUUCUCAUUGCGAAGGUCUGUGUCUUCUCUGGACUUCAAUAUUCAGGAUGUCACCAGCAUGGGGUGGCAUUUGCCUCUCUGUAGGCUGCUGUAACCCCUCCAGUCCCAAGCGCGUGAUGAGUUUGGGGACCAAAGGGAAUAACUUCAGGUACUAGGAAAGGCCAUCUGGAUGUUACGUGCGUUAGUUUAUCAUGUGCUUUGAGGAAAAUAAGAGAGAGGUUUCUUACUUGACCCAGAUCUUCUUUUCUCUAUUGACAGCAGUGCAGUGUGGAGAGCAGCUGCUCUGGGGAGUGUGGCUUACACUGGUGGCCAGUGUGGUGUGCAGCUCAGAAACUCUUGGUAGACUUGACGUAGCUGGACACGGCUUUUCCAUGUAUUCUAAAACUCCUCUGAGGUGCAGGUCACCUUCUGGUGCAACAACAGCCCUGGACCUGCUUUUAAAGAGGACUUGGCUGGUGUGUAGCCUCAAGGGUGAAUUUUGCCAGCGGCAAGUUGGAAACUUGGGAGCCUGUUCUUGAGCUGUACUUAAUGCGUGUUUGUGCAGGUGUGAUGAAUGGUGUGGAAGUGUUCCUAGUCUGAGCUGGAAUUACUUGGGAGAGUAAAAAUGCAGGAGGAAGGAAAGCUUGAGUUUGUGUGGUUUGGGUUUUUUGUUGUUUUGGUUUAGUUUUUUACUUAUUUAUUAGCUCUGAACAUGAUGUCCUUAAUCUUUGCUACUUGCCUCAGAAAACCAGAUCCUAAACACAGGGUGACAGAGGAUGCUGAAGUCAGGUGGGCACUGCUCCAGAGCUGUUAAGAGCAGCACAGUCUUCUCAAUAAACAUAUUGGUUUCAGACUACAGUAUUUAGGAGAUGUGUCUUGAAGACAUGUUGCAACUUCCCACUAAACAUUGCCCCAAGAUAAACCUGUGGUGUAACAGAAGGCACAACCCAGCCCCAAAUGUGUGGGGUUUCAAAUGGACAGAACUCUUCUUUGGGGAAGCUCUUGCCUGAAGGCUCACCUUGCAGCUUUGGGUACCACCUUGCUCCUGAAACAUCUGGUGCUGGCCACUGUUGGACACAGGACACUGGAAGGACACAGACCCUGGGUUGCUCCGACUGCACUCUUCCAAUGAAUUCAUUUUCAGGAGGUCUGAGGGGAGAUGAUUUUAAUUUGUAAUCGCUAUUGUCCCUAGUUAAGUUAGAAAUUAAAUUACCCUUCCACUAUGGUUUUAGGAUAAAGCACCUGAUUUUUGUAAAGCAAACAAUUAUGUACCUCUUAGAAACAGUUUAAUUGGUAGAGUUACCUUUUAAAUUAUUUAUCUUCCAACAUUUGCAAAGCUCUGAUUAGCUCUGUGCAAGUGUUCUGAUGUCAGUGACGUUCUCCCCCUUCCUAUUUUCAAUUUGUCUUUUACUUUAUUGGUAAUAAAUGAUCUGAAAACUA